CUAACAUGAACUCUAUUAUAAUUAUAAUUGUCCAUCCCAUAUUUCCAUCAAUCAUUGAUUUACUUAAGCCAAUAAUUCAAAACGCAAAAUAGAAAAUGUAAACGAAAGCAACAGGCUCUUCCCUCCUCUUUUAUCAAUCCUUUAUUUAUUAGAUCCCCUUUCAUCCCUCACCUGCGAUCUGGUUUGCUUUGAUUUGAUAUAAGGAAAAAGAGCACAGAGCAAAGCAAAUCAGAUGGCAGCCCCUCCCGCCCGAGCUCGAGCUGAUUACGAUUAUCUGAUCAAACUCCUUUUGAUAGGGGACAGCGAUAUGAAAUGUUGCGAAUCACCUGCAUAUGAUGCCAAAUGCUUGAAACGUUUAGGUAUUCAUCACUGUCAUGGUGUGGGUAAGAGUUGCCUUCUUUUACGAUUUUCCGAUGGAUCCUUCACCACCAGUUUUAUUACUACCAUUGGGAUUGAUUUCAAGAUAAGAACUGUAGAGCUUGACGGGAAGAGAAUUAAACUACAGAUCUGGGAUACUGCUGGACAAGAGCGAUUCCGGACAAUCACAACUGACAUUAGGAAUUGGAUCAGAAACAUCGAACAACAUGCAUCUGACAAUGUCAACAAGAUACUGGUCGGCAACAAGGCCGACAUGGAUGAAAGCAAAAGGGCUGUUCCCACAUCAAAAGGUCAAGCGCUAGCAGAUGAAUACGGAAUCAAAUUCUUCGAGACAAGUGCCAAGACAAACAUGAACGUGGAGGAGGUUUUCUUCUCAAUCGCCAAGGACAUAAAGCAAAGACUUGCCGAAACCGACUCAAAGGCCGAGCCUCAAACUAUAAGAAUUGCACAAAACGACCAGUCAGGAGGGGCUGCCCAAGCUGCCAAAGGAUCAGCUUGCUGUGGUUCUUAAUCGUUGAAGUUAGGAGGGGCGAUGGGGACAUCCAUUAAAAUUGACCACUUAUUAGUCUUUUAUUAUGACGAUAUAUGUUUGCGUUGCUUGUAUUGUUUAAUUUUAACCCCUCUUUGUUUUUCACUAGAUGCUACGUAGUUUGUGUCGGUGAAAAGAUUUUUUAUAAGACGAAUUAAUCAAUAUAUUGAUAUUCCUUAUUUCUAUACUCCUUUUCCCCCUUUUUGUAUGAAUGAAGUGUGUUUGAAUCUUAAAAGCUGUCGGAAAAAUUGCACCAUUCGUCCACUAAUUAUACCCAAGUUGUACUUUCGUCCUUUAAUUAUUAUUUUUUUUACUUUUGGUACACUAUCAUUUAUUUUUUGGCAAUUUU